AUGGCUCUCCCCAAUCAGCAGACGGUGGACUACCCCAACUUCAAACUCGUCAUCGUAGGCGAUGGUGGCACCGGCAAGACCACCUUCGUGAAGAGGCAUCUGACUGGAGAGUUUGAAAAGAAGUAUGAACCCACCAUUGGUGUUGAGGUUCAUCCCUUGGAUUUCCACACCAACUGCGGGAUGAUCCGCUUCUACUGUUGGGACACCGCAGGCCAAGAGAAGUUUGGUGGGCUCAGGGAUGGAUACUAUAUCCAUGGCCAGUGUGGUAUCAUUAUGUUUGAUGUUACUUCACGGCUGACAUACAAGAAUGUUCCAACUUGGCACCAUGAUUUAUGCAGGGUCUGUGAAAACAUCCCAAUUGUGCUUUGUGGGAACAAGGUUGACGUGAAGAAUAGGCAGGUAAAAGCAAAGCAGGUGACAUUCCACAGGAAAAAAAGCCUGCAGUACUAUGAGGUCUCAGCUAAGAGCAACUACAACUUUGAGAAGCCUUUCUUGUACCUUGCCAGGAAGCUUGCUGGUGAUUCCAAUCUUCGCUUUGUUGAAAGCCCUGCUCUCGCUCCUCCUGAUGUCACAAUUGAUAUGGCCGUCCAGCAGCAGCAUGAAGCCGAGCUGGCAGCUGCUGCAGCCCAACCAUUGCCAGAUGACGAUGACGACCUGAUCUAG